AUGAACUCGCCUCCUCCGGCUGCUGCUGCGGCGGCCGCCUGCGGAAGACUUUUUAAAAGGGCGAUGCCAGGCCGGGGCGCGCGGCCCGCGAGUGGCUGUGUCGCCCGCCAGUCUGCGGCCCGAGCGGAGCGCCCGCCCCCGAGCUCGGGUGAUUCAGCGUGCGCGGCGCGGGGCUCCUUAGAGCGCAGGGGGCUGCGAGCUAAACUUAUCCUCCUGCAUAUGCAUGAACGGGUGGCCUUUCUGCUUGGCAAAGGAGAGGCCUGGAGUUUUGCGGAAGGCUGCUAA